AAGUGUCCCCAACCCCUGGUGUCAUUUGUUUCCGUACAGCUGCUUGUGUUUCCGGGUUGCGGCUCCACGCUGGUUUGUUUCUCCCGUGUUUGCGUGGUGGUGGUGCAGGAACUGUGGAGACUUGCAUCAGCCAGGAGGGGCCACUGAGCCGGCUGACCGGUUUGCCCGCGAGGUUUGGAGGAGAGAAAACCCAACAGUACGGACACAACAUGCGAGGACGCCCACUAGGCUACAUGAUAUUUAAAUGUUAAAACACCCCCUCCCCCUCUGAGCAGGCGCCCUGCUGAGUGAAAAGUUCACUUUACAGGAGCGAGCAGUUUGUGGAGUCGACAGGAGGUCGCCUGUGCGCUGUGGUCGGUGUAUGGAGCAACAACAGGACAGCGUCCAGCUUACCGUGAAGGUGUUUCUGUGUGAAUGUACACGCGGAGCAAAGUGCAAGGUCCCCUCAGAGCACUGAUACGAGCUGCGAGCAGCUCCAGACACGGCUCCUCUCUCCCCCCUCUCCUGUUGACUUAAAUGAGCCUUUUUGCACUUUUAUUUUUAAUAAGCUAGCUUCAUUUACACCGAAGAUGUCGUGCUUGUUGCUGGGCGUCAUACGAAGGCGGGGUGGUGUUGGGGCGAGUGUCGGGGUUCGGUCCCUGGCCACCAUCCCCUCGCUGCCCCCGGCCGUCGCUGACUUUGUGAAGAGAGCGGCGGAUGAGUGUAAACCCACCGGUGUGCAUGUGGUGACAGGGACGCCGGAGGAAACGGCCAACAUUCUGGCAGGACUGGAGAAAGAAGGGAUGGUUAAGAAGCUUCCCAAAUAUGAGAACUGCUGGUUGGCUCGUACAGACCCAAAGGACGUGGCUCGAGUAGAAAGCAAGACUGUGAUUGUGACCAAGAACCAGAGGGACACCGUGCCCAUCCCCUCUGGAGGGGCGAAGAGCCAGCUGGGCAGCUGGAUGAGCGAGUCUGACUGGCAGAAAGCCAGAGAGGAGCGUUUCCCCGGCUGCAUGGCAGGUCGAACCAUGUAUGUGAUUCCCUUCAGUAUGGGUCCUGUAGGCUCGACUCUGAGUAAAUAUGGUGUCCAGGUGACAGACUCUCCAUACGUUGUGGCCAGCAUGGGGAUCAUGACACGCAUGGGCACUCCCGUCCUGAAGAAACUGGCUGAAGGAGUGGACUUUGUCCGCUGUCAGCACUCUUUGGGCCGACCUUUACCACUCAAAGCCCCUCUGGUCAACUCGUGGCCCUGUAACCCAGAGAAGGUGCUGAUCUCUCACCUACCAGACAUCAGGCAGAUCAUGUCCUUCGGCAGUGGCUAUGGAGGAAACUCUCUCCUUGGGAAGAAGUGCUUUGCCCUCCGCAUCGCCUCGCGCAUCGCCAAGGACGAAGGCUGGCUGGCCGAACACAUGCUGAUCCUGGGUAUUACCAACCCUCAGGGGUUGAAGCGUUACGUAGCGGCGGCCUUCCCCAGUGCCUGUGGUAAAACCAACUUGGCUAUGAUGAAACCAACUCUGCCAGGUUGGAAGGUUGAGUGUGUGGGCGACGACAUUGCGUGGAUGAAGUUUGACAGCCAAGGUAAACUGAGAGCCAUCAACCCAGAGAACGGUUUCUUCGGCGUGGCUCCCGGCACCUCAGACAAGACCAACCCCUACGCCAUGGCCACCAUUGCCAAAAACACAGUGUUCACCAACGUUGGCGAGACCAGCGAUGGAGGAGUGUGGUGGGAGGGCCUUGACCCCCCUGCAGCCGGGGUCACACUCACAGACUGGCACGGCAAAACCUGGAAGCAAGGAAGCUCGACUCCAUGUGCCCACCCCAAUUCCCGUUUUUGUGCCCCGGCGGCUCAGUGUCCGAUCAUUGACCCCCAGUGGGAGAGUGAGGAGGGCGUCCCCAUCGACGCCAUUAUCUUCGGUGGCAGGAGGCCGGAAGGAGUCCCUCUGGUCUACGAGUCUUUCAACUGGAAACACGGAGUCUUUGUUGGAGCCGCCAUGAGGUCUGAGGCCACAGCAGCUGCUGAGCAUAAAGGUGAAGCGGCUGACGGGAGGCUUGGCUCUGCUGGAGCAGGUCAGGUUCACCCAGCUACCUGCUGACACCAAACCUGAUGGACU